AUACCGAAAAGGAUAAGCAAGCAGUCGCUAUUCUCUCUUAUCAUCUUCAUCCACACAGAAAACCAGAGGCAAAAGAAAAAAAAAAAUGGCACAAACACUGGCUAUGCCCGUGGCGCCUUCGCUUUCUGCAAUCUGCAAUGGUUUAAGCUCUAUCUCUCUCUCCAAUCGCCUCUCUUUCCCCACUACAAACCCCCUUCAGGAGAUUGGUGGGUUGAGCGUGAAAUGUGCGCGUGUUGGAGGAGUGGAGAUUCCAAACAACAAGAGGAUAGAGUUCUCGCUCCAGUACGUUCAUGGGAUUGGACGAACCAGUGCUCGAAAAAUCCUGAACGACCUCAGCAUGGAAAACAAGCUCACCAAAGACUUCUCCGAAGAUGAACUCAUCAUUCUCAGAGACGAGGUCUCUAAGUACAUGAUUGAGGGUGACUUGAGGCGUUUCAAUGCCCUGGCUAUAAGGAGAUUGAAGGAGAUUCAGUGCUAUAGAGGGGUGCGCCACAUUAAGGGCUUGCCGUGCAGAGGACAGCGCACCAAGAACAACUGUAGGACAUUGAAGGGUAAGAAGGUAGCCAUUGCUGGAAAGAAAAAGGCCCCUCGUUAACCAUAUUGGUUUUGUUCUAUCUUUCUUUUUGUGAAAUUGAUGUACUGUUGUAUAGACUUGCUUAUGAUUUUAGUUAAUCAAAUUUGUUAUUAACCUUUUGAGAUGCAACUUGUAGUCAUGUUUUCUUUGUGGAGUUGAGAUU